AUGAAAAAUCAAACCACAGUGACCGAAUUUAUCCUCCUGGGACUUUCCAGUGACCCACAGAUGCAGAUUUUCCUCUUUCUCCUUUUUUUAGUUAUUUACCUCAUCACUCUGGGUGGUAAUAUAGUGAUCAUGGUGGUGAUAAAAGCUGAUUCUCACCUUCACGCACCUAUGUACUUUUUCCUCUUCCAUUUAUCCUUUGUUGAUCUCUGCUAUUCCUCAGUCACGGUGCCUAAAAUGCUGAUGAACUUCCUAGCAGAGCACAAAACUGUUUCUGUCAAUGGCUGCAUUGCUCAGAUGUUCCUUUUUAUCCUCUCAGUUGGUGCUGAAAUUUUCAUUCUCUCAGCAUUGGCUUUUGACCGCUACGCUGCCAUCUGUGAUCCAUUGUGUUACAUGAAUACAAUGAACAAAGGGAUCUGUGUUCAUCUAGUGAGUGGUGCCUGGGCAAUAGGCUUCAUUGAUGCCCUGCUUAACACUGUUUUUGCCCUCAAGUUGCAUUUCUGUGGGCCCAAUCAAAUCAGCCAUUUCAGCUGUGAGCUCCCUUCUCUGUUACAGCUGUCCUGCACUGACACCCUCACCAAUCAAGUGGUCCUUCUUACUUCUCCUGUGGUAUUUGGGUUGAGCUCCCUCCUCUUCACGCUGAUCUCCUACAUUCACAUCAACUUCACUAUCCUGAGGAUACGCUCUACGGAGGGCCGGCAUAAAGCCUUCUCCACCUGCAGCUCCCACCUGAUUGUGGUUGGUUUGUUGUACUUGACAGCUUUUUCCCAGUACACAAAACCCAGCUCAGUCUCCUCUGUGGUGCUCGAUGAAAUGGUCUCCAUCCAGUACAGCAUCUUAACCCCCAUGUUAAACCCCAUCAUCUACUGCCUGAAAAACAAGGAGGUGAAAACAGCUGUAGAGAAAACAUUGGGGAAAUUCAAAUUUCUCAAGUAGUGUCAAUGUUAUUUAAAAAAAAUUGCAUAGAAAUGUGGAUAACUUGUGUUUGGGAGAUUCUCAGCUCAGUAUUUGACAUUCUGGGCCAAAGCUUCUUCUGGUCUAAAUCACUGUGGCUCCAUUGAACUCAGCAGGCCACAUUCCCAUUGGGUAGAAGAGACACUGGAGCAAAGGGGAUGGG